AGAUAUACAUUCAUGACCACGUCCAAAACGAUUUUUAUUGUUUGGCCUAUAGUAUUUUGCUAAGGCAUGCGAAUUGAAACAUUUCCGUGACACGAGUCAUCGUCACUAUCCAGUGUCCACUCUCAAAAUGCGGACUAUCUUUCUCCUUCUCCUCAUUUCCGGGUUGUUUAGGUAUUCAUUGGCCCAAGAAGAAGGGUUUUGCUCUGCACCUUCUGUGCUUAGCAAAGAAUCAAAAUCGAAGCCUCUUUAUUCCAAAAUUUAUGACUCCACUCUAUCUCCUCUUAACCUUCAAAAUUUGCCUGGAUUCACACGCAGUGUCUAUAAGAGAGAUCAUGCUUUGAUAUCACCAGAAAGUCAUGUUUAUGGCCCAUUGCCUGAUUGGAUCAAUACAUCGGGGGCAUUUUUAAUAUCACCUGAAAUGGGCUCACACUUUAUAAUGUACCUAGCAAAGCUGAAAGAAAAUUCAAGAUCAGGACUUCCCCUGCAUGAUGUAGAGAGAUUCAUCUUUGUGCUCCACGGUGCUGUCACAGUCACCAGUGCUCAUGGUGAGAGCCAUAUACUGAAGGUUGAUUCAUAUGCUUAUUUUCCUCCAAAUUUCGAACAUUCAAUUGAAUCCGACGCACCUGCUAUUAUUGUGGUAUUUGAACGAAGGUAUGCUCAUCUGUCAAAUCAUGUCACAGAGCCACUAGUUAAUUCGACGGAUAAACAACCACUCCUUGAAACUCCAGGGGAGAUUUUUGAACUGCGAAAGCUACUUCCAAUGUCUUUGGCAUACGACUUCAAUAUACAUAUAAUGGAUUUUCAGCCUGGAGAGUUUCUUAACGUUAAGGAGGUCCAUUAUAACCAGCAUGGUUUGUUGCUAUUGGAAGGAGAAGGCAUUUAUCGUUUGGGUGAUAGUUGGUACCCGGUUCAGGCUGGUGAUGUCAUUUGGAUGGCGCCAUUCGUCCCACAAUGGUAUGCUGCACUGGGGAAAACUCCGACACGGUAUCUUCUGUACAAAGACGUGAACAGAAGCCCAUUAUAAUUGUGAUUUUGAUUGAUGUUAGAUAAAUGUCACGAAUGAUAUUAGCCACCACCUUAUUUAAUAAUUUAAAUAAAAGAAGACUUGUUGCUGUAUAUAUUUAUUAGCUCUCGUAUGGUUAGGUCAUAUCAUACCAACACUAAUGCAUUGAAUCUCAUCAUAUGGUUAAUUUCAGUAUUUGUUAACUUAAUUCCAUUUAUGUAUUGAACAAAUACCAUUGAAUUGCCUU